AUGCGAUUCCAAGUUGCAGGCACUUUCCUUCUUGCAGGCUUGGCUCUGGGCCAUCCUGGCCAUGACCCGGAAAUGGAGGCCCUCGAACGUCGCCAGGCCCUUCAGACUAUGAAGCGCGCCUCGCUCUCACACUGCCGUCGUCACUUUGAAGAGAGUGGCCUCGCAGCUCGGAACCAUGAGCGCCGUGCGGCCAAGAUUGAGAUGCUUCGCUACAAGCGUGGCCUGUCCAAGCGUAGCUGGGAAGAUGUCCUUGCAAAGUCUCACGACAAGUCGGAUUUGGGUUACACCCCUGAUACUCCCGCAGACACUCUAUUCUCUGGAAUCAAUGCGUGCAUUCUUACUCCAGAAACUACCGAGGGUCCUUACUACGUUUCUGGAGAGGACGUGAGGUCUGACAUUCGCGAAACUGAGAGGGGCGUUGAGCUCCUUCUGGACUAUCAGGUCAUUGAUGUUUCGACGUGUGAGCCUGUCCCAGAGGUGUAUCUUGAGGCUUGGCACUGCAACACCACUGGAGUGUAUUCAGGUGUCAACGCUGGCGGGAACGGCGGUGGUAGCGGCAACAUUGAGACAACUCACCACCGUGGCAUCCAGCUGACUGAUGGCGACGGUGUUGCCGAGUUCACAACCAACUUCCCUGGCCACUACACUGGCCGCGCUACCCACAUUCACAUCAUGAUUCACACCAACGCUACUCUCCUUGCCAACGGGACUUUGGGACACAACUUGGCCUCUAGUCAUGUUGGCCAGUCAUUCUUUGACCAGGACCUCAUUGAUAGGGUUGAGGAAUUGGCCCCCUACAAUACCAACACACAGCAGCUUCUCACUAAUGACCAAGAUGGCAUUUUCAAACAGGAGGUCGGCAAUGGUGCCGAGGAUGUUGACCCACUCGCAGAGUACACUUAUCUUGGUGAUGACCUAUCCGAUGGUCUCUUCGCCUGGCUUGCAUUUGGCAUCGACACCACCUAUCAGCGAACUGUCAGCCCAGCCGUCUAUCGUUAUGAGGAUGGCUUUGUUGAGAACCCGGGCAGCGGUGGGCCAGGCGGCCCCGGCGGACCACCAACAGAGUAA